AUGUCGACCAUGGAGGCGUUGGAGAUUACUUCCUGGGUGAAGCCAUCUUAUUAUUCUCUUGAGCAAACAGCUCUAUGCAUCGCUUUUAUGAUACUAGUCACGCUUGUGUUACGCGCAAUUAUUGACACUAAAGAAACAAGUUCACUCCCUAUCAUAAAUCCGAGGAAACGAUUCGAGUUUUCAAACCUGGAACGUAUCGCCGACUUUAAAACCAAUUGCCGACAACUAUUGCAAAAAGGAAGAACCAUGUAUCCGCAGAAACCCUAUCGAAUGAUUUGCCCCGAGGGCGAGGUGAUUGUUCUGCCUACCUGCCUUGUCAACCAAAUGCGAAGUGAGCCUGCACUCGAUUUUGUUGGAAUCAGUAAGGAAGAUAGCCACUCGCACAUCCCUGGAUUUGACCCAUUCGGCCUUCCUACAGCAACAACAAUUGUGGUCAACCGAUAUUUGAACAAGGCUAUAAGCAAGCUCACUGGGCCAAUAUCGCAAGAGGCAGGGCUAGUCCUUGCUGAGAUUUUACCUGACUGUCACGAUUGGAUCACCAUCAAACCGUCUGAGUAUUCACUCUCAAUGGUUGCUCGCGUAUCUUCUAGAGUAUUCCUCGGCGAGAAGCUCUGCCGUAACAAAGAGUGGAUUCAAGCUUCUUCUGAAUACGCACCUGCGGCCUUUGCUGGCGCGGGGGAAUUGGAAGGCUGGCCAGCAUCUCUUCAUCCUUUGGUCCAUUGGUUUCUCCCAAGAUGCCGAGAUGCUCGCGCCAGACUUGCUAAAGCCCGAUACGUUCUCCAGCCAUACAUCGAGGAACGUUGCAAUUUGAAGGCGUCGGCCCAUACUAAAGGGGACCCUAACCUCAUUUUUGACGACGCAAUUGAGUGGUAUGAACACGCGACUAAGCAUGCUUAUGACCCGACGGUAGCCCAGAUAAGUUUAUCUAUGGCCGCUAUUCAUACAACAAGCGAUCUGCUCAGAGAAACAAUGAUACAACUUGCUCAACACGAGGAACUCUUUAAGCCUCUUCGCAAAGAGGUGCUCGAAGCACUACGCCCCAAUGGCCUAAAUAAGACAGCUCUCCUCAACUUGAAGUUAAUGGACAGUCUAAUCAAAGAAACUCAGAGACAUAAGCCACUCUUGAUCUCUACUAUGCGUCGCAUCGCACUCAAGGACAUAACGCUCUCUAACGGUCUCGUUAUUCGCAAGGGCCAAAAGCUCUUAGUGGAUAAUCUGCACAUGCAAGACAGCACCUACUACGAGGAUCCUCUCCGAUUCGACGCCUAUCGAUUCUUGCGAAUGCGCCAAGUACCAGGCCAAGAGAACCAUGUACAAUUAGCAAGUACAAGUGUUGAGCACAUGGGAUUCGGACAUGGACUUCACGCAUGUCCAGGACGUUUCUUCGCUGCUAAUGAGAUCAAGAUCCUGUUGUGUCACCUGCUAAUCAAGUAUGAGUGGAAGCUCGUGGAUGGUUGUAUUCCUCAGCCGUUUGAUGUUGGAUAUGCUGUUAUUAGAGACCCUGGAGCGAAGUUGAUGAUUAAAAAGCGACAGCCGGAGAUGGACAUUGAUGUACUUGAAUGA